AUGUCAUCCGCAUUUAAACAAAAGUAUAAGCAGUUAGAUCAAAUAUUAACUUGUGACAGUCUCAAUACCUUUAGAUCAAAGUACCGUGAUUUGUCAGUUGUGAUUAUUGAUGAAAUUUCAAUGGUUAGUAAUUCUAUGUUGAAUUUUAUUGAUCAAAGACUUCAAUCAUUGAAAGGAACUAGAACACCUUUCGGUGGGGUUAGCAUUAUUGCUGUUGGUGAUCUUUAUCAGUUGAAACCUGUGAGUGGUGAUUGGAUAUUUAAUGACAUGAAACAUGAUGCUUCUGCACUAUCAAGAAAUCUAUGGAAAGACUUAUUUUCUAUAUUUAAAUUAACAGAAAUUAUGAGACAGAAAGAUGAUCUUGAAUUCGCAGAGUUGCUAAAUAGAUUAAGGGUCAAUGCAUUAACUACUGAAGACAAGACUAGGUUGAAGCAAUGUCAAGUUUCAAGAACAAAUGAUAAUAAGUAUAGAAAAAAUGCACCUCACCUUUUUGCAGAAAACUAUUUCAUGCAUAUUUUUAAUGAGGAAAUUAUAAGAAAUAUGUUGACAGAAAAGAUUGUAAUUCCAUGUAUGGAUGCGUAUGUCUCACCCAAGUUAUCUAAAGAAAAGAUAGAUUAUGCCUUCAAGAACCUAAAGAACAUAACAGAUCCAAAUCAAACAGCAAAUUUACAUUGCUCUUUGACAGUUGUUGUUGACAUGAUUUAUGAUUUAACAGUGAACAUAAAAACAGAAGAUGGACUACCUAAUGGAGCGUCAUGUGUAGUUAAAUUAAUUGAGUAUCAACUAGAAACCACAAGACGUCCAAGCAUAAUUUGGGUUCAGUUUGAUGACAAAAUAGCAGGAAUGGAAACAAGAAUUAAAUACAAGAACAAAGGACUGUACCAUAACAAUAUCGAUGAUAAUUGGACUCCCAUUUUUGAUGUAAUCAGAUCAUUUACAUACAACAGGAAGACAUUUCAGAGAGUUCAGUUUCCUUUGCAACCUUCUACAGGACGUUCUGUACAUAGAGCUCAAGGUAGUUCCCUUGAAAGAGUUGUCAUUGACUUGUCACAACGCAAAACUCGCAAAGUUCCACAUUUGCACUAUGUUGCAUUGAGCCGAGUAAGGUCAAUUGAAAAUCUUCAGAUCCUUAACUUAAAUGAGAACGCAUUACAUAUUGAUGAUCAAGUUAAGACAGAAAUGCAGAGAUUGCAUGAAAUAUCAAUCCUUGAACUAUGUGAUACUUCUUUAGAACAUGACAGAAAUCUGUUGUCAACCCAUAUCUUUGGAUUAGCAGAAACACGACUAAAUCAGCCUGAUAGUGAUAGUGAUUAUGCAAUAGAAGGCUAUUGUUUGAUUCGAAAUGACCAAAUUGGAUACAAUCCUUGUAAAAGACCUCCUCAUGGAUUAGCAAUAUAUGUCAGAGAUGAUACCGUUAUAACACAGGAAAGAAAUGUGUUUGUGAGAGAUCCGCCACGACGGGAGUGGGAGCGGGGAGCAGGAGCAGGAGCGGAGCAGAUUGCGUAA